AUGCGCUCCCGCUACACGUGCCAGCAAUGCCUGGCCUCCAUCCAGCGCCGUCUCCGUCCCCACCGGCCCUCGUCUGUCCCGCAAUUGCACGCUGGCGCCCGGCGAUGGCAGAGCACCCAGCCCGCUGCCCGCGCAUCAGCAGUAGCACAGCCUACCCCUUCCGCAAGGCGCGAGCUGGGCACUCAGAGCCAGGCCGCCAACAAUGAAGCCCACCGCAUGCCGCCUACACCCCCGGGCCUCGAGAACGCCCCCACCACCGCCAGCCAAGCUCGCAGCGUGCUGCUGAAGCGGAAGAACCUCUUCCAUUCCUUCUCCAAUUCGCCCUCGCCCGAGAUCCGCCGUCGCGCCGCCUUCAUCAAGCAGCAUGCCUACUGCCCGCACCAUAGCCAUCGCCAGACCCGCGUAGUCAACGAUCCCGAAGACCCUGAGGCGCAAAAGGCUGUCCACGGCACCCUCCCGCCGGCGCAUGUGCGAUAUGAAUGCCCGGACUGUGGCAUUCCUGUGAGCUGCAGUGAGGAACACUUCGCAGACGACUACGAACGGCACCUAGAGAUUUGUGACACCCUGCGGGAGAUCAACGAGGAUGACCAUGAUCUGAGGUCUGGCCGCUUCUUCCCGGAGUUUGAGUACCCGGGAAUGCAGAUGGAGGAGGCACUGAUCAACUUCACCAAUUGGGACACAUAUCUCUAUUCGAGAGAGCACCAGGCCAUCAACGACGACCGUAGUCUACGUCAAGCCACAAGACUCUUGACCUACCCUGUCACAAUUGGCAGCGUCCUGCAUGAGCUCUCGCCCUACAACGCCAAGAGCGGCGGUAGAUUGACCGUUGAGGGGCUCAAGUCCUUGUCUGCACUUCGCUACACUCUUCACCCUCCACGCUCAGGCGCCGGUGGUGACAUCAAGGGCCUUCGCCCCAACCCCCCUCCGAUGCGCGUCUUCAUCGUUGGCGCGCGGGCUGAAUCCUCUCUCCCGCGUGAAGUCUGGAUCCAAUUGUCGCACAUGUUCCCGCGUGUCUCGUUCCAUCUGAACUUCAUCGGACCCGAAUCCAUGGCCAACCGCGACGACGAGUUCCCUCUGCCGGAGCGCACGCCUUCCAACCCGUUCGGCGCCGUCGUCGAGGACCGCAUCUCGCACGAGCUCAAGAUCAGCACCUUCGUGGAGUACUACCACACCCUCCACCGCGCCGGCCACUUUUACCCUUACGACCCGUACUUCGACUGCUUCAUGCUCUUCCACCCCGGUCUGGGCCACCCCGCCAGCUCUGCGGAAUGGGAAGAGACAUUACCGCUGCUGCUCGAGACCAAAGUGCCCAUUCUUGUCUCCGGCUACACCGAAUUCGACAUGCAGCGCGACUUGAAGUGGGUUCAGGACAAGAUGGGCGGCGAGGUCGACAUCCUGCUCCAGCCUGGCGAGAACAGAUUCAGGAGCUUGAGAUGGGAUCUCAACGACCUCGAUCCGCAGGACAUCAGCUGUGGCAACUGGGGUCUUUGGGCGUUCAGGGGCAAGCGCUACGAGACGACGACCAAGGACGAGGCAUAG